AUGGAGAGAGGAAACCACACGAGUGCAUCUGAGUUCCUCCUUCUUGGACUCUCCAGCCAGCCCGAGAGGCAGGAACUGAUCUUUGGGCUCUUCCUGGUCAUGUACCUGAUCGGGGCAGCAGGGAACUGGCUCAUCAUCCUGGCCGUGGCCUCAGACUCACACCUCCACAUGCCCAUGUACUUCUUCCUCAGCAACCUCUCCCUGGUGGACUUCUGCUUCAUCUCCGCCACAGUCCCGAAGAUGCUAGUGAACAUCCAGGCGCAGACUCAGUCCAUCUCCUAUGGUGGCUGCCUAGCCCAGAUGUACUUCUGCAUUUUGCUUGCCAACAUGGACAACUUCCUCCUGACGGCAAUGGCUUAUGACCGAUACGUGGCCAUCUGCCACCCUCUGCACUACUCUACUACGAUGAGUCUGCAAACCUGCGCCCUGGUGCUGGGGUGCUCCUGGCUCAUCGCCAGCUCCCACUCCCUGCUACACACCCUCCUCAUGGCACGGCUGGAGUUCUGUGCCAGCAACAUGAUCCCUUACUUCUUUUGUGACCUUGUCCCUCUGCUCCAGCUCUCCUGUUCCAACACCCAACUCAACCAGCUCAUGAUUCUGCUGGUGGGGGGCUUGAUCGUCCUCGUCCCCUUCCUUGGCAUUCUCGUCUCCUAUAUCCACAUUGUAUCUGCUGUACUCAAGGUCCCAUCUGCCCGGGGCAAGCAGAAGGCCUUUUCCACCUGCGGUUCCCACCUCACUGUAGUCAUCCUCUUCUACGGGACCAUCACAGGGGUCUACCUGAAUCCCUCACCCUCCCACUCGGCUGACAAGGAUUCGCUGGCUUCAGUGAUAUAUAUGGUGGUCACCCCCACGCUGAACCCCUUCAUCUACUGCCUGAGAAAUAAAGACAUGAAAAGAGCUCUAAGAAAACUGUUCGGUAUAAAGGCUUUAUCCUGUGGGCUGUGA